AUGGCACCAAUUGCAGCGGUAGCUUCCAGAUACGAUCCUUCUCAAUUCAAUAAGAACCAUACUGCUUACACGGCUCAAGGAAAUCUUACGGUUAGUAGGGAAAACAGCGAAAAGGCCAAGUACCCCGAGUUUUUGCCAACAUGGAAUCCAGAUGUUAAGUAUCCUCCGUUAAAAUUUCAGUCAUUAGAUGAUAAGGGAGUUUACGGAGAUGAUGGGUAUUCUAGUUUAUUGGAACAUGCCGGAAACGGCGAAUACACUAUGAAGAACGUUACUCCCAAAUUUGGAACUGAAAUUGAAGGCAUUCAGUUAUCGGAGUUGGAUGAAAAUGCCAAAAACGACUUAAGUUUAUUAUUGGCCAGAAGAGGUGUAGUAAUUUUCAGAAACCAAAACUUGUUGCAAAAUGGACCUAAAUAUUUUGCUGAUUGGUCAAGAUACUUUGGUCCUUUACACAUCCACCCUACGUCUGGGGCUCCAGAAAAUGUACCUGAUUUGCAUGUCACCUUCAGAGGAACCUCCAAAGACGAGUUAGAAAGUGCUUUUAAAACAAGAUUAACUAAUACCCAGUGGCAUACCGAUGUUAGUUAUGAGAAAAUGCCCCCUUCUUAUUGUUUCUUUAGCGUCUUACAAGGUCCUGAAAGUGGUGGUGACACCUUAUUUGCCGACACCGUUGAAGCUUAUAAGAGAUUAUCCCCAGAGUUUCAGAAACGAUUACAAGGUUUGCAUGUUUUACAUACAUCCGAAGACCAGGCUCAUUUGCAAAGACAACAAGGUGGUUUUAGCAGAAGAGACCCGGUCUCCAAUAUCCACCCUUUGAUUGUUGAACAUCCAGUUACAAAGGAAAAAUACAUCUUUUUGAAUAGAGAAUUUUCCAGACAAAUUGUUGAGUUAAAGGAAGAAGAAUCCACUUUCUUAAUGGAAUUCUUAUAUAAUCACAUCGAAUCAGCCCACGACUUGCAGUUGAGAGCCAGCUGGGAAUCUAAGACCGUUGUUUGCUGGGAUAACAGACGUACGGUCCAUUCUCCAACUGGUAUUGACCAAUCAGCUACCGACGAGUUUGGCAAUCCAGUUAUCCGUUUUGCAGUAAGAUCAUCUCCCCAGGGCCCUAGUCCCGUGGCAGAUUUACAGCACUUCAACGACCCUCACUACUUGGGGGAACUAUAUCUCAAGCUAGGAAUCAUCCCAAAACACUUAUAG